GGAAGUUGCGUGCUCCGCUGACGUCCAGACGGUGCGUCGGGAGAGGCCUUGCGGAUCCUGAGGGUGCUGCUAUGGCAUCCAGCGGGGUCGGCGUGAGCGCUCCCGGCGCGCCAAAUGAAGCACCCGAAAUUCCCGACAACGUGGGAGAUUGGCUCCGGGGCGUCUACCGCUUCGCCACCGACAGGAACGAUUUCCGGAGGAAUUUGAUCCUCAAUUUGGGACUUUUUGCCGCGGGCGUUUGGCUGGCCAGGAAUUUGAGUGACAUUGACCUAAUGGCACCUCAGCCAGGGGUGUAGCCAAAUAGACACAUGGGACCCCCGUGCUCUACUUGAACCUUCCAAAAACAGAGCCUCCAAUCUGUGACCGGCACAAGACUUGACCUGAUGGAAGUUGAAGUUUCAUACAGACGGGCACCUUCCCUUCCCAAUUUCCUUUUAUCCACUGAGCCUGCUCAGAACUCCGUUCUCUGGUCAGCAGUCACGUUGCCCCCAAAGUGUUAUCCUCUGUUCUGUAAAGUUCUGUACAUAGUUCCUAAGUUUCUGCAGGGGGUGAUCUUUGCUCUUGUCCUGAGGAAUAACCUAAUGGUAUUUUAACAAAUAUUUGGAAUAAAGACUGUACACAAAGAA